CGCGGCGCCCAUGUCCCGGGCGGGGGGCGAUGGCACCGCCGCGCUGGAGCGGGCCGGGGCGGAGACGGUGAGGCGGGCGGUGGAGUUGGACCUGGCGUCUCGGUUCCAGGAGUCGCUGGUGUGUUACCAAGAGGGCAUCGACCUCCUGCUGCAGGUGGUGAAAGCCACGAAAGAUGAGGCGAAAAAGCAUCAUUACCGGCAGAAAAUAUCCGAGUACAUGACCAGGGCUGAAGACAUUAAAAAGCAUGUCGAAAAAGAGAAACGAGACGGCAAAUACCAUAAGCAAAUCAGGAUAGAGGAAAAUGCAACAGGUUUCAGCUAUGAAAAGCUUUUCCAAGAGUACCUUACUGAGAUUGUUUCCGAAGUUUGGGUGGAGGACCCCUACAUUAGGAGUGUUUAUCAGUUGUAUAACUUCCUACGGUUCUGCGAGAUGCUGGUUAAGGGACCAUGCAAAGUGAAAACAAUCCACCUUCUCACUUCCUGUGAUGAAGGCAGUGGGAGGACUCAACAGAUAAAUGGCUUGGAAGAAAUACAACAAUCAUUGAGGAACUAUGGAGUAACACUGAAUUUUGAAUUUUCAUCUUCAAUACAUGAUCGAGAAAUUAGAUUCAACAAUGGAUGGAUGAUUAAGAUUGGAAGGGGUCUUGAUUAUUUUAAGAAACCAAAGGGUCGUUUCAGCAUUGGAUACUGUGACUUUGACUUGCGACCUUGUUAUGAAACAACAGUGGAUGUCUUUCAUACUAAACAUACAAAGAAAAUGUGAUCAGAUAUGACUGCUUUUAAUGACUGAUUUUAUAAGCAUAAAAAUGUGAGACUAGAAGAUGCUGCUUGAGUCCAGCUGACCACCCUCAGAAGCAAUUCUUCUAAGUCCAGCACAGCUUUUAUAAUCUAUAGGUUUAAGAAUAUUUGAGACUUCUCAGUCUGAGAAAACACACCUGUACAAUUCCUCCACUGUACUUCUUCCAUAAUCUUAAUUAAUACAGUCCAUGGCUCUAUUUGAUCUUGAUUUCAUAACAGACCCUCAAUAUUGUCUCUCAGAGGCCUCUUUGUUGUAAUUUCUAUUUUUACUAUUAACUUUGUCUUGAGCAGAUUUUUUUUUCUUUAUAUAAAUGACCACCUCACAAGCAUUGGAAGCUGGGCUGCCUCAUGUCCUCUUUUGUAAGCAGCCUCAUUUAUUUCCUUUAAUUCCUGUAUUCUAGUCAUGACUACUGUUCUGCUGUUUUAGUCAAUCCUGUAGUACCUGAUUUCACAGACUUUACUAGUAAACCCAAAUGUAACAUUCAAUUUUCCAAGUUCCUUGCAUAUGAACAUUGUAGUGUUCAGUAUACAGACAUUUUAGGGUUGUCUAAUGUGCCUCUGCAUGAUGAAUUUGGGGCUGGAAAGGAUGCAAACAGGUUUAUUAUUUUCCCUGUCACUCCUGUAUGUUCUUUUAUUCCGUGAUGUAUGGUCAUAUAACUCAUUUUCAUCCUUUGCUUUAGGCAUGAAAAGGUUGUAUGAUCCUCUCCCAAUAUUUUUCCCUGACUUGCACGUUUAAUGUUCUUCCAGCUAGUCAUGCCAGUGUGAACUGCAGUAAGCUAUUUCCCUGCUAUUAAGGUACUCCCCUAAAAAAAAAAAAAAAGUAAUUUUUAAAUUCUUCCAGAAGUUGGAUACCCUGAAACUUUCUUGCUAAUAAUGAUUCUAAGGAUAUGCUGACUGGAAGAAAGACAGAGCCUUUUGUUCCCUUCAUCCUCUGGAAAGCGAAAGGGAUCAUGUAAGCUGCUUUUUCUCCUAGUAUAGAAGUUCAUGACCAUUGUCAGCAAGAAUCUGAAAAAUCAUAUAUUCUGACAUGAACCUCUUUUGCAGGUCCCAUCAAAUUUUUUUCAGCCACAGGACUGAUAGGUGCCUUACAUUUUCUGCAUCUUGUAAUACAGUAUACCUCCAUAUUUUAGUAGCGUGUUCAUUGCUAGAGACUUAUCUCCUUCCUAUGUUUAUUUUGCUGAUGACUGGUGUAUUCCAUUAUCCUUUUUUUAUUAUUUGCUUUAUUCUUUCACCUUCUGUCACCUAACGCUGCUAUUCUUUUAGUCUUCCAUUAACAUAACAAAUCUAUUCCACAGCUAUCGAGAAGAAACAGCUGGUGUUUAGUUUGUUCUCUGUGUCACAAUUUGCCAGUGGCCUGCCUUCUUUAUCCUUUUGCAUAAUAAUGCCUCAGCUUUUAAGUGUUAGAUCAGCAAAAAGAGUAACAUAUAUGCCACAGAAGCUGUAUGCUACCGGUCAGGCCCCCCAGACAUUCCACAGAAGCUCGCUGGCUUGCUGGUGUGAUACUAGGUUUCUGGUCACUGUCAUCAGUUUUGUUCAGUUGCAUAUAAUGUAUGCCUAUUUUUAUUGGGAAUAAAGGUUAUUUUUUAUUAUUUGUA